GUCAAGCGUCAUGCAGUUAGUAGUUCUUGCCGUGCUGGCCUCUGUGGCCAUUGCUGCCCCCCAGUACGAAGCCCCAGCUCCAUCUCCUUCUCGCUACGGUGAUGAUGACUCUAAAGAGCAUGUUCCAAUCCUGAAGGACGAACGUGUCCACGAAGAUGACGGAACUUACUCCGUCUCGGUAGAGACUGGUGACGGCAUCCAGUUGUCAGAAUCUGGAGCUCCCACCGGUCCCGAGGGUGCAAUAGAAUCAUCUGGACAAUAUUCUUACACAGCUCCUGACGGCACAAAAGUCUCUCUGUCUUAUGUUGCCGAUGAGAAUGGCUUCCAGCCCCAGUCUGACUUACUGCCAGUGGCUCCUGAGUUCCCCCAUGAAAUCCCUGAGUUCGUUCAAGAGCAGAUUGCCUUCGCUGCUAAGGAAGAUGCUGAACGCGAGCGCGAGGAAGCCAGAGCCCCAUCCAGAUCUUAUGGAGCUCCACAAUAAAUGAUUAGUCUUCUAAUGAUUAUUUAUACUAAAGAAACUGUCAUUUGAAUAUUCUGUGUGUGGCUUUUCUUGUGAUGUUUUCAGCCUGUGUAUUUAUAA